AUGGUUUCUUUACCCAACCCUCUAUAUAUUUCAUUAUCUAUAUCAGUUAUUUCAAUCAUUUUUAUUUAUGCAUCAAUUCUAUCACCAUGGACUGUUAAUUCAUACCAAAUGGAUCCAUUAACAGUUAAACAUCUUGGUGGGUUAACAUAUUAUGCAAUAGAAACAGACAUGGGUGAAUACACUAUGUCUACUUUUAUUAGAUAUAUCAAUUCUGGUAUUUAUUUUAAAGAAAAUGAAACAAAACAAUACAACUAUCAAGUAGCUAGUUUAAAAUGUAUUUGUGUAUUUGUGUGUUUCCAAUUUAUGUAUAUGUUAGCAUUUAUCUUUUUUACUUUCAUGAAUAUCAAAAAAGAUGCUUAUGUUCUCAAAAAAGUUGAAAAAUUAAUGAACCGUUCAUUCAUCGUUUACAUUGUUCUUAGUAUAAUUGCAUUACUUCCUUUCAUCACUACUUGCAUUGGUAUUGCUGCUGCUUGUAAAGUUGGUUUUGAAAAUGAAAAACAACAAGAAAAAUUCACACGUCACGUAGGACCAGGAUUUAUUCUUCACCUUCUUGCAACUAUUGCUCAAGUUGUUUCAUCUGUAAUUGCCGUUGUGUUCUGCAAAUUGUGCAAGCCAAAAGAUGAAUCUAAUUAUGAUGCUUUCUAA